CCAGACACAUCUCCCAGGGCCUCGGCGGGAUAAAACUGGUUGGCGAUGCCAGGUGGAUGGGAGCAAACUUCAGAAGGAAGAAGAGACGCCUGGGCCCUGGGCACCCUCAGGGGCAGACCCAGGCAGAGAGGGCCUGAGGCCAGCCGGCCAGGGUAGCAGCGUGGCAGCUGGCGCCGCCAGGACCUGCGUAAGAAAGCCGCGAGUGUUCUGCAGGCUGCGAGCGACUCCCCGGCGAUGCCUCACAACUCGAUCAGAUCCGGCCACGGAGGGCUGAAUCAGCUAGGAGGGGCCUUUGUGAAUGGCAGGCCUCUGCCAGAAGUUGUCCGUCAACGCAUCGUGGACCUGGCCCACCAGGGUGUAAGGCCCUGUGAUAUCUCUCGCCAGCUCCGAGUCAGCCAUGGCUGUGUCAGCAAGAUCCUUGGCAGUAGGUACUACGAGACUGGCAGCAUCCGGCCUGGAGUGAUAGGGGGCUCCAAGCCCAAGGUGGCUACCCCCAAGGUGGUGGAGAAGAUAGGGGACUACAAACGGCAAAACCCUACCAUGUUUGCUUGGGAGAUCCGGGACCGGCUCUUGGCAGAAGGCGUUUGUGACAAUGACACUGUACCCAGUGUCAGCUCCAUCAACAGAAUCAUCCGAACCAAAGUGCAGCAACCAUUCAACCUUCCCAUGGACAGCUGCGUGGCCACCAAAUCUCUGAGUCCAGGACACACACUGAUCCCCAGCUCAGCUGUAACACCCCCAGAGUCACCCCAGUCGGAUUCCUUGGGCUCUACCUACUCUAUCAACGGGCUUUUGGGGAUUGCUCAACCUGGCAGUGACAACAAGAGAAAGAUGGAUGAUAGUGAUCAAGACAGCUGUCGGCUGAGCAUCGACUCACAGAGUAGCAGCAGUGGUCCCCGAAAGCACCUUCGGACAGAUGCCUUCAGCCAGCACCACCUUGAGCCGCUUGACUGCCCGUUUGAGAGGCAGCACUACUCGGAGGCCUAUGCCUCCCCCAGCCACACCAAAGGCGAGCAGGGGCUGUACCCACUGCCCUUACUCAACAGUGCCCUGGAUGAUGGGAAGGCCACCCUGACACCUUCCAAUACACCCCUGGGACGCAACCUCUCGACUCACCAGACCUAUCCGGUGGUGGCAGAUCCUCAUUCACCCUUCGCCAUAAAGCAGGAAACCCCAGAGCUCUCCAGUUCUAGCUCCACCCCUUCCUCUUUAUCUAGCUCCGCCUUUUUGGAUCUGCAGCAAGUCGGCUCUGGGGGCCCAGCAGGUGCCUCGGCCCCACCCUUCAAUGCCUUUCCCCAUGCUGCCUCCGUGUACGGGCAGUUCACGGGCCAGGCCCUCCUCUCAGGGCGAGAGAUGGUGGGGCCCACGCUGCCUGGAUAUCCACCCCACAUCCCCUCCAGUGGACAGGGCAGCUAUGCCUCUUCUGCUAUCGCAGGCAUGGUGGCAGGAAGUGAAUAUUCUGGCAAUGCCUACAGCCACACCCCCUACUCCUCCUACAGCGAGGCCUGGCGCUUCCCCAACUCCAGCCUGCUGAGUUCCCCAUAUUAUUACAGCUCUACAACAAGGCCAAGUGCACCACCCACCUCUGCCACGGCCUUCGACCAUCUGUAGUUGUCAUGGGGACAGUGGGAACAACCAGGCAACAGGAGGACUUGGCCUGAGACAGGCUCCAGAGAGUCACACAAAGGAAUCUUUAUUUAUUACAUGAAAAAUAA